AUGCCUUUGACAGAGUUAAAAGGAUUAGAUUUACAAAUCGGUUUUUUUACAUAUAGACAAAUAAAAGCUGCCACUAAUAACUUCAAUGUUGCCAACAAGAUUGGGGAAGGUGGUUUUGGAUCAAUUUACAAGAAUGCAUUUUUUCUAUUCUUGAUGCAAGCUAUUCUAUUUGAUGGUACUAUAAUUGUAGUUAAACAACUUUCAUCAAAAUCAAAGCAAGGAAGCCGUGAGUUUGUGAAUGAAAUAGGCAUAAUAUUUGGUUUACAACAUCCUAAUCUUGUUAGAUUGUAUGGAUGUUGUAUGGAAGGAAAACAACUAUUGUUGGUAUAUGAGUACAUGGAAAACAAUAGCCUUGCACAUGUUUUGUUUGGUCUUGCGGAUGGCCAGUUAAAAUUGGAUUGGUCUGCAAGGCAGAAGAUAUGUGUUGGCAUAGUGAGAGGUCCAGGUUUCUUGCAUGAGGAAUCAACACUUAAAAUUGUUCAUAGAGACAUCAAAUCUACUAAUACGUUGCUUGACCAAGACCUCAACCCUAAGAUCUCUGACUUUGGUUUGGCCAAGCUAGACGAAGAGGAGAACACCCACAUUAGCACUAGAAUUGCUAGAACAAUAGGCUACAAGGCGCCAGAAUAUGCAUUAUGGGGUUAUUUAACCUACAAAGCCGACGUUUAUAGUUUUGGAGUUGUUGCAUUGGAAAUUGUUGGAGGGAAGAACAACGUGAAAUAUCGACCAAAUGAGAACUUUGUAUCCCUUCUAGAUUGGGCCAUCGUUUUACAACAGAAAGGAAAUUUGAUGGAGUUGGUAGAUUUAGAAUUGGGUUUAGAGUUCAAUAAGGAAGAUGUACUUAGAAUGAUUAAAGUAAUUUUAUUAUGUACUAAUCCAUCACUAGUGCUUAGGCCAACUAUGACUUCCGUAGUAAGCAUGCUUGAAGGCAAAACAGUUGUUGAUGAAUUGGCUUGGGAUCCAAGUAUUUAUGGUCAUGAAUGGAGUUUUGGAGCCUUUAGAGACCAAUUUGGUCAGAACCCACGACCAAGCUCAAUGGAAACUCAUAGCCUAAUUCAAUUAUCAAUUGCAACAUGGAAUAGCUCUUCUUCUACAUCAGCCCAGGAUCUCUAUUCCAUCAAUCUUGGCUCUAGGUAA